GCUCUCUCGAUAUAAGCACCACCGGGAGUUUCCGAAAAAUCACAUUCAGCCCUGAAGACUGAACAAUGGUUAACAUGAGCUAUCACCAAUUUUUACUAAAAUAUCCACAUUCGAGUUCAAGACAGUCGAGAAGGCGAGCGAAUAAAAAAAAAAGGAAUUGUUGGGACAAGCUAUCUCCAACAAAUUGGCAGACUUGAUUAACAGACUUUCUCAAAGGUCCAGUGUGAACCGUGUGGCCGAGUACCUGUGUGUUGCGACUGACUGGCGAGAUGACUGCCGAGUGGCUACACCUACCCCCGCCAUACCCCCCUGGCGUGGGGCCGCUGUGUGGUGCAGAGUUGGAGGCGUGGUAUGAGGACCUGCAGGAUAUUCUCGGCUCCGACACGGGAGGGGCAAAACUGGCACGUGCCCCCAUAUGCACCGAGAAAGAGCCGGAGUUUCUGGAUGUUCUGGAGAGUUGUUCUCUGACGUGGCUGACGGACGGAGGCCAGACGUGGGGCGAGGGUGUCCAGAGGACGAAAGAAGAGAUCCACGACACCCAGCCUCUGCAUCACACCGCCUCAUCCUCCUCUUCUUCUUCCUCCUCCUGCUUGAGUCCAGCUGUUGCAGAGGAGCAGCGGACGGAGGCUGAGAGUAGGAGAAGGGCCGAUGGCUCGACGGGAGGCGGCAGCGAUCUGCUGCCUCCAGAGUUUUUCGAGUUGCUGAGUGAAGGAGGAGUGGGAAUGGUGGAUCCGAGUGGAGCGGUGAUCAGCGGAGGCUAUUAUUACCACCACCAUCAACACCACCAAGCUAAUAAUGUCCAUCCCACGUCUCCCUCAGCCAGCGAGGAGGAACUGCCCUGUGUCCCAGAUUCUGCAUCCUGCUCCUCCUCAGCCUCCCAGUCACCAUCACAAACUUGUUAUUCUCCCUCCUCACCCGUCUCGUCACCCUCCGUCUACCCGUCCUCCUGCCUGGGAAAACGCAAGAGGACCACCAGCGAGAGGAACAACAGUGCCUUGUCCAGUUUCGCCUCCUCCACAAAGCACACAUCUUCAUCCUCAUCAGCGGCCAAAAAGAGUCGCAAAGAAAGAGAGCAGGACAACGAGAGAAAGGUGCAGGAGCUGACGGAGCAGAACGAGCACUUGAAAUCAGAGAUUGACAGGCUGGGAGAGGAGGUACAGAGGACACGGAGAGCCCUGAUAGAGAGACUAGUGAACACCAGGAAAUGAGGAGAAAGUGAAAGCCGGGAAGAAAAGAUGACAGGUCCUAAUGAAUUGGAAUAAGCAGUGGUGGGGAUGGUGUAAUAUGGUGGUUAUGAAAUGCCUCUGACAGGAAAGGAUGGAAACCAAAGAUAUAUAUUUUAUAAGCAAGUGGAUUUUUGAUCACAAGAGCUCAAAAUGGAAAGAAAAAGGAAAGUGAUGAAAAAGACGAGACAAGAAAAGGAACAGAGCGAAAGGGCCGCAACAGCAAUGCGGCAAAAUUAAACAGACACAGCAUGUAUUUAGGAAAAGGAAGAACAGACGGCUCUAAAUGCAAAUGAUACCGUGGUUUUGAUGAAUGUUUGUCUUUUUUAAGAAUGUCUGACAAGUUCCAUCAUAGAGGAUGGCAGAGAUAACAGUUACGAGCGUUUGGUGGACAGAAAAAACAGAAACAACUUAAUUGAGAGCAUUUCACCAUCAUCCAUUCCCACCAUUUUGCAAUAAUUGUAACUCCUAUGUUAAGGGCUGCAAUUUGGCGAGCAGAGAUCAUUUGCCCCAAUUUGUAAAGAGUUAUGGAGCUCAGGAAAAGUCUGAAAGUGCCCAGUGCUGUGAGUAUGAGAGAAUGAUUUUGUUAUUUGGAAGCAAAUUCUUAAUCUUUCUUACUUUUUUAUAACCCAUGGUGUGUGUAUUUAGAUAAAGUAAAUAGGACCCGGCUAUACUUGAUAAGCUGACCUUUUUCUAUCAAUAUGGAAAUUUUUAGGAGGAUCACCAUUUACUAUUUUUAUAUCACGCUGUAUUAUAUACACAACUGUACUGUAAUGACUUACUGUAAAAUGCUAACAUAUCCACUUAUUUUCUACCUGUAGAUACAAAUUGGUAAUCGUAGAGUAAUAUGCAUGGCUUUUUAUUAUUGAUGGCAUCAAAUACAUGUAUUUUGAAACAGCAAUUAUUUUAUCCUUCAUUGUAAUCCCCAAUUUGCAAUAAAAGAAAAAUAAUGUGCAA